CGCGAGCAGAGCCGGCGCUGGCGAGGCCCUCGCCGGGGAUUUAAAGCCCGCAAGUUUUGUUCCCGGGACCCAUGACUUCGGCCAGGCCCGGGAAGAGCCGACCUCCGCAAGGAACGCGCAAGGAGCGGGGCUCCCGCGGGGUCCUGAUUCCAGGUCACAGUGGAACACUUACUGACUCUGUUGGGGGAUCUACACCUGAGACAUCCCCGACGCUGCCCCACCUACCUGCCCUUGGCUUCCUACACGGUCCCAGCUCAUGCUCAAGGAAAGCAGCGCAUGAGCCAGCUGUGCGGGGCUGUGUGCUGGACACAAUGAAGGAGGCCGCGGUGGAAGGAUCGUGACGUCCCACGUCCUCGUCCUACCGCGUGUUUCAUUCUUUUGCAAUCCUAGAACAGAUGGUGUCCUGUGCAAAUGCUGUGUGGAGAAGGAAAUGCCUUGCCCAUCUUUAUGACCAAUGUACACUAAGAUGAAUGUCUAUUCUACAAGAUACAAAGUUCUCUGUUUUCCAAGGAGCAAGCACCUGUUUCAAACUCCCCCUAAAUAAAAUAACAGACCUGAAUGGACAUGAGAAUGUUCGUUAGUGGCAGAAGAGUCAAAAAACGUCAGUUUAUUCAGCUACUUGCCACUUGUUUUGUUCUAAGCCUCAUGUUCUUUUGGGGACCGAUUGAUAACCACAUUGUGAGCCAUAUGAAGUCCUACUCGUACAGAUACCUCAUCAAUAGCUACGACUUUGUGAAUGAUACCCUGUCUAUUAAGCGCAGCUUGGAAGGGUCUCGCUACCCGUACUUGAUGAACCACAAGGAAAAGUGUGAAGCUCAGGAAGUCCUCCUUUUACUGUUCAUAAAGACUGCCCCCGAAAACUAUGCCCGGCGCUCUGCGAUUAGAAAAACGUGGGGCAACGAAAAGUAUGUUCGAUCUCAACUUAACGCCAACAUCAAAACUCUGUUUGCUCUAGGAGCCCCUAAUCCACUGAAGGGAGAAGAGCUGCAGAGGAAACUGGUUUGGGAGGAUCAGAUGUACGGGGAUAUCAUCCAGCAAGAUUUUGUUGAUUCCUUCUACAAUCUGACUCUUAAAUUACUUCUGCAGUUCAGCUGGGCAAACGCCUUUUGUCCCCACGCCAAAUUCUUGAUGACUGCUGAUGAUGACAUAUUUAUUCACAUGCCAAAUCUCGUGGAAUACCUUCAAAGUUUAGAACAAAUUGGUGUUCAAGACUUUUGGAUUGGUCGUGUUCACCGUGGUGCCCCUCCCGUUAGAGAUAAAAGCAGCAAGUACUAUGUCUCCUAUGAAAUGUACCAGUGGCCUGCCUACCCUGACUACACGGCCGGUGCUGCGUAUGUCAUCUCCGGUGACGUAGCUGCCAAGGUCUACGAGGCAUCCCAGACCCUGAAUUCUAGUCUGUACAUAGAUGAUGUGUUCAUGGGCCUCUGUGCCAAUAAGAUGGGGAUUGUACCACAGUACCAUGUAUUUUUUUCUGGAGAAGGUAAGGCUCCUUAUCAUCCCUGUAUCUACGAAAAAAUGAUGACAUCUCACGGCCAUGUAGAAGAUCUUUAUGACCUCUGGAGGGAUGCCACCGAUCCUGAAGUCAAAAAUGUCUCCAGAGGAUUUUUUGGUCAGAUAUACUGCAGGUUAAAGAAGAUAGCUCUCCUUUGCAAGCUGAGCUAUGUGGACACAUAUCCCUGCAGGGCUGCAUUUGUCUAACUGUACUUGAAUGUUUUCACUGUCACUGAGCCAAACCUGGAUGGAAAACCCUGAGCUGGCUGCGUCCCAUAUUAAGUGACUGUGAAAGGCAAAGAAAUAUUUCGAAAGCCUAGUCUAUCAGAAUAUUUCUUUGAGUGUAGAAGCUGUUGAUAUACCUUCUGUACUUCCUGGCCUAACUAUAUUUGAAGGAUUUCAUCUUUAGAAAUGGUUUAUGUUACGAAUGAAAACAAAACUAAUGUAACAUUCACAUUCUCAUGCAAUGCCACAUGUAUAUUUGCAAUAUACAGAGUUAUUAAGAAGCUUUGAUGUUAAAUAGCAGCUUUGGAAACACCAAGUGAAUGCAGAGUACAGCAAUUCAAAGAAAUUGAUGUUAUUAGACCAGGUAUUCCUGUUCAUUUUUACUAAAGAGCACUUGAUGGUGGGGGCAGGAAAUGGUUGGCAUAGGAGAAAUACAUGAAUCUGGUAAAAGAAAUCUGUUCUUAGUUCAGGUUUAUUUUUUUAUUUUUGGUGCCAAGGACCAAACCCAGGGCUUCUCGCUUGCUAGGCAAGUGUUCUAUCGCUGAGCUAAAUCCCCAGCCCCAAGAAAACUUGUUCUUAAGAAGACACAGAAGCAUGUCUACAACUUCAUUAUAAACAACUGAGUCACUUAAUGGUGAUGUCCAUGUAGCUAUUUACCUAGAUGGUGUUAGCAUCAUUUAAAAUGUGUUCAGACCAUUCUUUUACAGUUGAAUGUGAACUUUGAGAAGGCAUUAGCUGUGCCCUAGCUGGUACUUUGUGUGGUGUUUUUCCCCCUAAUAUUAGAAAAUGACACAAAACAUGGGCAGUUUGUUGCCAACAGGGUCCUUCUCUAGGGAGAAAUUAUUGUCAAUUCCAAUAAGCUCUUUUUAACUUAAUGCAUUUUUCAGCUAGUUUUUAUGGAUUGAAUAUUGGUCUGUGUUUAAGGUAGCUAUUUGAAUGCUGUUUACAGAAGGGAACAGAAUAAUGGAAGAGACUUCAGAAGGAAAAUAGAACAUUAAAGGCCUCUUUUCUCCAUAAUUUAUAAAACACUUAGUAUCUAAAUCCUUGUACUGAUUACUGACAUCAACCCAUCCCUUCCCAACGUAGUCUCCUAACCUACAGUAUUUUGUUCUAAGUUCAAUUUUAAAUUACAAGGAUUGAACACCAAUUGAACUCUUAUUAUCUAAAACAAUUGGUCCUUUGAUCAAAUAACUGUCCAAGUUGAUCUUUAUCUUUUAAAUGUUUUACACAUAAAAGCAAAAUAGAGGUGAGAGAGCUGCCAGGGUGAUAUUGAAGGUGUUUUAUUUGUAAAGCUGCAUAUUCUUUAUUAGACGUGGCUGAGAUCUAAUAAAUUAAGUUAAAUUUAUUUUACAAAGUCAGAGAAGAAUCUGGCCACGAUGCAAAUACCCACCUCCCUACCACAGAAAGAAUUAGAUGAUGGGUUUUGCCAGGGAGAUUCUACAAAGGCCAAAAGCUGUUUUUGACUUCAGUUAAAACAGCUGAGCUGGCUGUAAGACCUCUGGCUCAGAAGCAGCUGUUCUGGACAACUCCGAUGUCUCCUUUAAUAAGAUGAUGUCAGCCACAGGCCAAACAAAACUGCAAAAGGAUUUCUCAGUAUACGCAACUGGAGGAUGAUAUAAUUCUUAGGUAGACUUUCAAUGUUUACAACAACUUUUUGUUAUUUGUUUUCUAUUUUGAAAUUGGAAGCUUGUUUACAUUGCUUAGAUAAUGUAGCAUUUUUAACUAACGUCAAGCCUGCAAAGGUAAAUCCUAGGUAGUUUUAAGAGUAGAUUCAGAAUUCUAGAUCAUCACAGUUUAAAAUUUAUGACUGAUCUUAACAACUGUACAGAACAAAAGCACAUUUUGGCAAAGGAGCUUUAUAGUUAACUUUAUUAGUUGACUCCUUAAUAACUAUUUCUUUGGCCUAUAUAAACCCUACAUAGCUCUACUUGGAAAUGUUAAAAUUUUCCAUUGGUUGAAACCAUCAGUAUCUCUCUGACCAUUGAAGUGAUCUUGUUUACAGCAGAACUUUUGUGGAACAGUAAUUUAUUUGUUGAAAGAACUCUCUUGAAAUCUUUUAUUUUUGCUUAGAAUAGAGUGGAACAAGUUUAAAUUGGAAGGAAAUAUGAAGGCACUUCCAUUUUUUUUUUUUUUUUUGUUAGAAGAAAGUUGCUUGAUAAUUCCUUCAUCAGACUUUAAGUCCUGAGAGGAGUGUUUGUAAAUAGAAGUGUUCUAACCUUUUUAAAAGGAAGGAAAACCUUUUUGGUGCUCCAAUGCAGGGUUAUCUUUUAAAAAAAUGUCAACAAAGGGAAAAUAAACUACUAGCCUGCAGGCUCACUUGAGUAAAAGAUGAUUGUACACAGUGUUAUUGUUAAAAAAAA